CUAUUAGUAACGCAUACAGCGCGGCGAGAUGCGGACGUGCGUGUUGGGAGUGGUGCUGCUGGCGGCGUGCGCGCGCGCCAUCACGCGCGACCAGCUGUACCCGUUCGGGGCGGGGCUGGACCUGCAGCUGCAGAGGGGCGCGACGGUCGAGAGCCCGGAAGUGCGCCUGAGAGUACCCGUUGUGUUUUACGGAGAAACGUACAAUUCCAUUUUCGUUAACAACCACGGAAUACUUUCCUUCAGAGCAGACAUAUCAUCGUUUAUGAACGCUGAGUUCCCGCUUCCGUAUCCAUCAAUAGCAGCGUUCUAUUCAAACGUCGACACCUCCAUAUCAGGGGCGGUGUAUUACAGAGAAACUAACGAAAAUCGUGUUCUCACAAAGGCCGCGGAGAGUGUCCAAAAUAAUUUCCACGAAUAUUAUGACUUCCAGCCCACGUCUGUUUUUAUUGUCACAUGGGCCGACGUGUCUUACACUGGUGCACAAGGCAACCAAAAGAAUACUUAUCAAGCUGCCAUUAUUAGUAACGGCAAUGAGAGCUUCGUGGAGCUGUUGUAUCCCGAUGGUAACAUUCAGUGGAUUCAAAGAGAGACUUCGCCCGAUAACUUGCCAGACGCAAAGGCACAGGCAGGCUUCGUCUCUGAAGACGGACAGAUGUUACUACUUAGGGGCUCCGGCAGCCAUCAGAUAAGGAAUAUAAUUUCUUGGUCAAACACACAAGAACCUGGAAAGUAUGUGUACCGCGUAGGAAAUGUAUUGCAAGAUGGAAACAUCGUAGUACCAGAUUUGUACAAUCAAAGUGAAGAGGAAUCCGAAGAAGAAUCUAGAACAUGUGCCCAGAGUGGACCGAGUGUGUGCCACAUCAAAGCAAGAUGCGUCGACUACCAAGCUGGUAUUUGCUGCCAGUGCAAUGAAGGGUAUUAUGGGAACGGAAAAUCUUGUGUUAAAGACGAUGUCCCACUAAGAGUACACGGCAAACUGAAUGGCGUUGUCAACGAUGUAUCAUUAAAUGACGUGGACAUUCAAGCGUACGUGGUGGUUGCAGAUGGCAGGUCCUAUACCGCUCUUUCUCAAACCCCAGCCGCACUCGGAAAUAACCUCCAACUGGUCCACGUCCUUGGCGGAGUUAUAGGGUGGCUGUUUGCUAAGCCUUUGGGAGACGCCAGCAAUGGUUACCAACUUACGGGAGGGGUAUUCAACCAUACCGUAGACAUAUUCUUCCCAGCUACAAACAAUCGCGUAACAAUAACUCAAGAAUUUAUAGGUCACGAUGUUUUUGAUCAAAUUACCCUGGAUUGUGAUAUAAGAGGAUCUUUACCGAACGUUGGUGUCGGAGCUAAACUUCAAGUCACAGAAUACGAGGAGCAAUACACAGUGAUAGAAGCUGGACUAAUACGAUCGGAAUCUACUAGGACCAUAACUGAAAAAUUAACAGGAGUGAGCUAUGAGCAAAGAAUACAACAAACAAUCAAGUACAACACCUGCCAUAAUGCACCAACAGAGGGCACUGUAUCAUCGACUUUGAAAGUUUCUAAGAAUUAUUUGGGUUACGAACCUAAAAAUAAUAUUGUAAGAUACGGAAUGAGCAAUAAAAUCGUUCCAUUGGGCCAAGAAGAUCCUUGCAUUUUUGGUAGAAGCACCUGCGGGCCUCACAGCUCUUGUGUAGUACAAGGGAGCUCAUUCGCGUGUGUAUGCCAAUCUGGCUUUUCAAACGUGAUACAAGACGAUGCUUUGGUAUGUAUCGAUAUAGACGAAUGUGCCGUGAGCACGCACAACUGCGACACGAACGCUGACUGUUAUAAUCACGAUGGAGGAUUCCAGUGCCGUUGCCACGAUGGCUUUGAAGGCAACGGAGUGACUUGCAGCCGUAUAUCGCAAUGCAGAGAGCAGUCAUGCAACCAAUUUGCAUCAUGCGUUGAAGGCUACGGCGGAGAACCAACGUGCGUAUGUAAUCCUGGAUAUACCGGGGACGGACAGAGAUGUUGGUUGAUCAGCGCUUACACAUGCUAUGAAAAUAAUGGCAACCACGAAGCGGGUAAUAACGAAUCAGAAAAUGUGCAACAAUUUGUUUUGCCGAACUGCGGCUUCUUCGGCCUAGGCUGCACAUGUCCCGAGGGGUACUCCAGCUUCUUCGACGAGAAAAACAACGAAUUGUGUCGCUUAGACGGAUAUGCUGAUCCACAUCUAUUGCAAAGAAACAACGAUACUUCAAUUGCAUGUACAACCGAUGCAAACUGUCCACCAAAUGCAGAAUGCAAAUUUACGCUGGAUAUUGAUGGCCAAUACGUAUCACGCUGCGUUUGUCCCGAGGGCUUUAUAGGAAACUCUUACGAGUGUGUUGAACAACGUACUGACGUAUGCGCGUGUGGACCCAACGCUCAUUGCUACCAAACUGCAAAUGGGCCAACUUGUGUUUGCGACGUAAGAUACCAUGGCGACGGGUACAUCUGUCGACCAAAACUGGUCUGCACAAACAGCUCUGAGUGUGAAUCCCACGCCGAAUGCCGGCCUGACGGCGCUAGCAACGAGUACUUUUGCCAAUGCAUAGAAGGGUACAUUAAGGACGAAAACGAAGCGUGCAUCCCUGACCACCAACUUUGUAAUGGAGCCGUUUGUGCUGAUCACGCUUCUUGUCUCUAUGACAAGACACUUGAGAUCGGCUAUUGCGCAUGUGACGCAGGAUAUGAGGGCGAUGCACUUUACCAGUGUUUACCCAGGUCCAAUGGCCAAGAACGCCCGUAUGAAAACACAAUCACAACGUGCGAUGUCAUGCAAGAUUGCAACGAAAACGCGCAAUGCACACAAACUGCUGAUUUAUCGUAUCACUGCGUGUGUAGAGACGGUUAUAUAGGAGAUGGUUAUGACUGUAGGCCGGAAUCGAGCUGUCGGAACGAUCCUUACAUGUGUGAUGUGCAUGCUUCAUGUCUCAAGCGCAACCAAGAAUACGUGUGCGAGUGUAAUUCAGGUUAUUCUGAAGUAGCUUAUGGCAAUGAAAGUCGGUGCGAACUAAACCCUAGACAAGCUGGCAAUUUCCUAGUUGCUAGUGAUGGCGUUUUUGUAUACCGAGUGCCCUUCAAGACCUCCGCUUGGGAAUAUGCGACUCCCAUUAAUAGCGCAAUCGACCAGAUCGCUGUUGGCAUAGACACGGACUGCCAAGCAGGCAAAGUUUACUGGGGCGACGUAGUUAGUAACUCUAUAAAGCGUUGCUACGAUGGAUCUGCAUUUGAAUUAUUUUUGACAAGUGGAAUCAAGUCUCCAGAAGGAGUAGCCAUUGACUGGUCAUCUCGCAAUAUUUUCUGGACGGACUCAAAGAAGUUAACCAUUGAGGUGGCAAAUGUUGAUACUAAAGUGAGAAAAGUAUUGUUUUCUGCAGACAUCAGAAAUCCAAGAGGCAUUGCAGUUCACCCACGAAGAGGCAAAGUCUUCUGGACAGAUUGGAACCGAUCAAACCCUAAAAUCGAAUGGGCUAAUAUGGACGGAUCUCAGCGAGGAGUUUUCGUUGACAACUCCGACGUGAAACUUCCGAACUCUCUAGCAAUCGAUUGGCUGAGAGACCGACUGUGCUACACAGACGCGGGACUCUUCCUAAUCAAAUGUGUCAACCUAGACACCAUGGAGUCUCAGACCAUAGUUACGAACUGCUUGCAUCUUGGUCUAGCUAUAAACCAGGAAACUUUCUAUUGGACGGAUUGGAAAACGCUUAAAAUCGAAAACAUCGACACACUAACGCAGAAGAAGGGUCAGCUGUCAAUCGCAACAGCGGCCAACAAGCUGUACGGCGUCGCAGUGGCCCCCAACGAGUGUCCCGGCGCCACCAACGUGUGUGCGCUGCGCAACGGCAACUGCGCGGCUGACCAACUGUGCCUGCCCGACGGCCGCGGCGGGAGGACAUGCGUGCAGGGAGAACAAGUUUACGGAUACUAGAUGUUAAGUUUGUAGUGUGCUUUGUGAAUGCUGGUCAGACAUUGAAGAAACCUGCCGACUGAUCAUGUUACGGCAUCAUGGCGGAUCUUUUUUUUAUUUAUUUAUAAAUGGGCUUACUCUUGGCCACAGACUACAGACAAAGACGUGGCCUACGAUGGAGUGAGCUCGCACAGAAAAUGCCUGUUCAUCCUUGAUUUAAAGGUUGCCGGGAUCUUAGAAUGGUAGUCAGGGGACUGACGUGGUCAAAAUCUAGGCCCUACGUCCCUCUCUGGAUCAGCGGUUGCUACUAGUUGCAAGAGGUUUCUUUGAGACUGAUGGAAUGUAAUGGUUGUCGUUUUUACUGCUUGUGGCGUUUACCUAUAAGCGUUUCGAGGAGUAUGCAAGAUCUCGAAUUAACAACCGAUAUCCAGAAGUGAUAAAAACGCGACCAACAACAGGUAGGUAUGAUUUCUCUGCCGUAUGCAUAUUGCCGCAUCCAUAACCGGCAUACAUUCAUAAUGAUUCACUUCGUUUUACAUUUCCAUAAUAUCUCCGCCACGUGUGGCACCGACAUUAAAAGAUAAGAGGAACACAACUUUUUUUCCAGUACAAUAAGGUACUUAAUGCUGGAUCAAUCAUAUCAGUUUGAUAAUAACUCCAAGCAUACUUUUUACGUAGGUAAUAUACCGAUUUAUAUGCAUAAAAUAAAUGUAACGUAUUAUUGUAUUGUAGCUAGUAACUAAAUCAUAUUUAUUUUAGGUUACAAGGAAUACUCAAUCUAAGUUUUGUAAAUGUUUUAGGUUGCCUAAUCGAAUUCUAAGACAUCUGAAUUAAUAUGUCAAAAAUGUAGAGCAAUGUUGUUAAUUCGAACGUCAAGUGUUACAUUUUGCUUUACCCACGACACCUCACUCUUAAGAUAAGUAAAGUUUGUAAAGCGAAAAAAAUAUUAGCCUCUCAGAUCUAAAAACUUAUAAUAAAUGUUUCAUAAAUUGGCGCUUUUAUACUUUACAGUGGACGUCUGCUUUCACGAAACGGUAUCAUAAUUUAUUACCUUAUAACUGUUGUACCGAUAAAACAGAGCAAGUAAGUGUAAGUAGUUAUCUAGAUGUACGAGAUUGUAUUUGAAGAAUACAAUAAAGUAUAAAACCGCCCAAAAGUUAGGCACUUUAAGUAAAUAAAUAAAGUGUGUAAAU